GAAUUAAAUUCCUUUUUUUUACGGAUACAUAUCGAUAAUCCAUAUAUUCCGGUAUUAUUAGAUAAUAAUUAAAUUCGAAAACUUUUAGAAUACAUUUUAUUAAUAAUAUUGGCAAAACUGUCAUUAUUUCCAUUAUUUUUUACAUAGGGCUUAAAUCUAUAUCAUAAAUUACACCAAUCAUAUAAGUGUAAUAAAAGCUCCUUAAAUAUUUUGUAAUGUAUGUUUAUUGAAAUACAAUAUAGAAUAAUCCGUCAUUAUCAACAUGAAUUGACGUUGUAUUGGAAUACCCCGACGCUAUCACAAAUAAUACACAUAAUGAGAGAUGACAUAGAAAACGAUUAUAAGCCUUAAUGUCUAAUUUAAUGUAGUUGAGGUUAUAAAACGGAAAAUUUGUAUUUUAACGUAAAUGAAUAUGUAAAAUUUUCCAAUAUUCCAAAUACAAGAUGUUUCCGAAUCAAAAAUUAUAAAUAGUAAAUUAUUUUUCUUACAUUUUUUAAGAGAAUUUAAAAUUUUCUGACAGUCUUUUUCACCAACUCACUAAAGUGUAGUAAAUAGUUUGUUUACUUGAAUUGUUGUUCAGACAAAAUGUCUAGGGUUUUGAAUAUAUUGCAAGGACUCCUUUGCUCUUAAUUAUUUCACCAAAGGUCGAUUACAGGUGCAACUGUUUCCCAAAAAUUCGAUUUUCAACACUCACGUACAAUUUUUACCAAGCCAAUGUCUACCAGUAACAGUACAAAAGCCAGGAAGAACUCAAAAGAUGGUGAUAAAAAGAAGUUUCUGCCACAACCGAGUACCAGUGACAAUAAUAAUAUAAAUGACAAAGGACCUCUAAUCGAAAAUGAUUGUAAAAUGUAUACAGGAAUCGGUCCAGAUAUUAUUCGAAACUGUGCGGAGCAGUCAAUGUUUGAAUCUCAUCUAACAGAAGAUGUUUGUAACACUCUUAGUGAAGAUAUUAAUUAUAAAUUACGUUAUAUCAUUAAUGAUGCACUUUUAAAAGCAAGAUUAUGCGGAAGAGAUGUCAUAUCAUCGAGAGAUAUUGAAGAAACUUUCAGUAAUUUAUCUAUUGAAAAAGUAUAUGGGGCAAAAACAGAUCCCAACUGGGUUCCAUUUAGUGAUUUACCAAGUACUAGUAGUAGUGAUCAAACUUUAUUUUAUUUAGAUGAUAGUCUGAUAAACCUCAUAGAAUUAGCUGAAGAUGAAAGCACAUAUGUCCAAUAUGGGGAUGUAGAAUUGAUUAAGCAAUGGUACCCUGAUCCAAAUUUAACGAAUCCUAGUACUGCUCUUAAAGAAUAUUUUAGAGUUGCAUGUGAAUCUAUUAUGGGUAUAGAUCAUGAGUUGUGUCAAAUCGUAUUGAAAGAUAUAAGUGAAAAUCCUGAUGUUGGACCUAUAUUACAAUGGUUCUACAACUUUGCUUAUUUAAUGCUUCUAAAAAAUAUUCGAUACGAUUCUCUUACAUUAAGAGAUGGUUAUUUUUUACUUGUAAAAGAUGUUUCAUACGAUUACUUAACAUUAAGAUCUUUAGAGUUGAUAGAAACUUUAGAGAACAGCCCUUUGGGUAGUGCUAAUGUUUCUACAAAAUCCCUCCAACUUUUGAUAAAAUUAUUAUUAGAAAAAUUGUUAUUAGAGUCAUUUUCCUCGACAGAUUUGUUGAGUAGAAUGUGUUUUACAUUAAGUAUAAUGUGUCUACGUGUACCUCUAAAGCAACUUGUAAUUGAUAAGAUUAAUUGGAAAUUAGAAUCAUUGAAUGAGGGAACAAUCUUUCCUAUUUUGACCAUUGUUUAUUAUUUGGGAAUUGAUGGAAUAAUAGGAAUUUUUUUACCACGUAUUACAUUUUUCCUUGAUAGGCUUUUGAAUGAGAGUAACACUGAAAUGGUUUAUAUUGCACAGGCAAUCUAUGGUUUAAUUUGUAAGGCAGCAUUGGAAGAUGCUUACAUAUAUAAUUGGUUUAAUGUUAUAAUUCCUAAUGAGUUAGUUAUUUAUUGGAAACCCAAAUAUUAUCAAGUUGAAGGAACAGACAAAAUAGAAAUGAAUUUCAUCAAAAUAAAAUCAAAAUUAAUAAAAACCAGACGAAAAAUUGAAUUUAAAGAAAGUAAAAGAGUCAAAUGUGUAUUUGAACAAACAUUCGAUUUACCUUCUUAUGAUUGUCACAUCAGUAGAAAAAUACAGGAAUCCAGAAUGGGAAGACAAAUGUUUAAUAGAAAAGAAUCAAACGUCACUGUUGGAAAAACAAGUUUAAUAUUGUCAAUAUUGAAUGGAAAUAAUAACAAUAAAGCAAUAUCAAAAUGUUGUGAUCACUCUUUGUUAUCUUAUAAUAUAUAAGGACUUAAUAAAUUAUUUAUAUAA